UUGGAUCAUAACAAGUCCUCAUCUUGGGCGACGUAGCUCGACGCGAACCCUCGUCUUCCUCUUCGUCCCUCUCGGGUGGCCGCACAACUCGACACCUUCGUCCCUUCUUUCCCUUCCUGCCCCCCUUCCGUUCCUCCUUCAUCCUACCCAUCCCCAAUUCGUACCCGUAAGCAGUCGCCAUGGAUCAGAAACGACGAAUUCGCUGAUCUCUCACCCAGAACUCCACUCUGUCGCCAAAACGUAACGCGAUCCCUCGUGGAUCACACCCCGUGGACGAUGCUCGAUCUAUUUCUUCUUGCAAUUUGUGAUUUGAUGCGUUUCCUUUUCUGUCGGUUGUUGUUUCUUCGUCUUAUGAUCGACUAGGGUUGAUGUAUUCAUCAGUUUUGCUUGUGUUUUUUGUGAUGAUCGGUCACCAGAGACUGCGAUCGUGCGCUUAUCGAAGUAGCCCGAAGCAGUAAGGUUCUUUGGAUUUGUGGGAAUAGAGAAGGGAGAUAUGUCUAGUGGAGAAGUCAGGAAGGUCUCCCGACAGGACAUACAGCUAGUUCAGAAUCUUAUUGAACGGUGUCUGCAGUUGUAUAUGAACCAGAGAGAAGUUAUCGACACUUUGUCAUUCCAGGCAAAGAUAGAGCCUAGUUUCACUCAACUUGUUUGGCAAAAACUUGAGGAGGAGAAUCGAGAAUUUUUUGAAGCAUAUCAUGUUAGACUGAUACUCAAGAACCAAAUAUUGAUUUUCAACAAGCUCCUUGAGAAACAGGUUGAGCUGAUGCAGAGAGCAUGUCCUUCUGUAGUUGCUGCUGUACCCCAUCCCAAUGGCUCUAAUUCUUCUUUGCAUCAAGCUCCAUCCUGCUAUAUGCCUCAACAUGCAUCCACAUCAUCAAGGCUAGAUAAUAUGCUUGGCAAUGGAGGUUUUUCCUGUGCUUUUUUAAAUGGUAGGCCAUCAGGACAAGGAGGAAACUACCUUGGCGAUGAUUCCUCAAUUCUUGCUGGGAGCAUGAAUGCCUCGACAAGCAUGUUAUCUGCACCUAGCUCCAACAUGGGAAGAAUUCCUGGGAUCAGUCGGACAAUAAUCAAGUCAGAACAUGAUUAUUCAAACAACUCUGAGUUUCCAUUCAGUAAUGAUAGCAGUAUCUUGGAAGCACACCAACCAACCGGAGAUGCUUCAGCUGGAUCCUUCAGUAGCUCGGAGUUGACUGGACAACCACUAAAUGAUGCUCUACUGGAUAUCGAUACAUCUUCACUUGGAUUUAGUCAGAUUACUCGAAAUUUCAGUUUUUCAGAUUUAACAGAUGACUUCACUCACUGUGCUGAUAUAUUGGAGAAUUAUGAUAGGUCUCCAUAUCUUCCACCAGAUUCAAAUAACUUCUCAGACUCUCCGGCGAGGGAAUUCAAAGAGGAAGACAUUAGGAAACUAGAAUCCAUAUCCGAAGGAGUCAGUUAUGAGGACUUUGGAAGCGACUCACUUGACAUCUAAGGUCUGUUGCCGAGGUUGACCGCAGGAAUCUGUACAUAUGGCAUUCGAUAUCUACUUAACGAGUGCUUCACAGUUGCUAAUGCUUGCUGGCUAUUCUAACGUUCUGUAAUAAUGUUUCUACGUAAACAGAAAAAACUGCUGUGUUCUCGUGUGUUGAUCCUGAUUUGUUUCAUUUUGAUUCGUAAGUCUGCUGCCACCGCAAGAACCACAAGAAAUAAGAAUCACGAGGGCUGUUUUGUUAUCGA